AUGAAAGCUAAAGGCUGGCAGAGGCCCAUCUGGGCUGUAUCGGCUCUGUUUAUUGCAGCCACCCUUCUGAUGCUGACCUCUGAGGUGGGAUCAGUCCAGAAAAUGACUCAAACAGCAAUGGCUCAUGCUACAGACACGGUUGCAAGAUCAGCCCCUAACCUCACCGAUGAGCUUCAAGGUCUCCAGGCACUAGCAGACUUCUUUGCCAGUGAGCAUGCCCAUGUCUGGCUCUUGUCCCUUGCGGGCUCAGUUGUAGUAGGUCUCAGUGGAAUUUUCCCGCUGCUCGUUAUUCCAACUGAAGCUGGAGCAGCCCUUAAAACCGAAGCUGGAGGGCAGAAGCUAAAAAGGCUUUUGAGCUUCGCUAUUGGUGGUCUUCUUGGUGAUGUAUUCCUUCAUCUCCUCCCUGAAGCAUGGGCACUAUCUGGAUCUUCAGCCAGCAAAGAAAAACACUACAUGGCACAGGGCCUAUGGGUAAUCACUGGCCUACUGGCAUUUCUUCUUUUAGAGAAGAUUUUCUCUGAUCAAGAUGGACAAAAAGAUUCCCCAUCACAUUCACACCUCAAUUCUUGCUCUACUGCAAGUUCAGUGUGCAGUGAAAAGGCUCGUGUGUUAUAUGGAAAUGGGUCCCAGAAAGCCCCAAAGCAUCAGAGUCUGCACAAAACAUCUGAAAAUGUCAAGACAAGUGGUUACCUGAACCUAUUGGCCAACUGCAUUGACAACUUCACACAUGGGCUGGCUGUCGCAGGAAGCUUCCUUGUUAGCAAAAAGGUUGGGUUUCUUACAACAUUUGCCAUUUUGCUCCAUGAAAUCCCACACGAGGUGGGGGACUUUGCCAUUUUGUUGCGAGCUGGGUUCGACCGAUGGAGUGCUGCACGUCUGCAGAUGUCCACCGCACUGGUUGGCGUGCUGGGGGCUUGCUUCGCAUUGUGUUCUCAGUCACCAAAAGGCACAGAAAAUGCAACUUCCUGGAUACUUCCAUUCACCUCUGGAGGCUUUAUAUACAUCGCCUUGGUGAAUGUAGUACCUGAUCUGCUAGAGGAAUCCAGUUUGAGGCACUCCCUUCUUCAGACGCUACUUAUUUUUUGUGGCGUGGCAGUCAUGGCUUUCCUGUCAACCAUUACUGUUUGA